UACCAGUAAAAAAGGUUGCAAUAAUUGUGCUUGGAUUGGAUUAAUCAGGUGACUGCUGCAGCAACGACCCAACUACUGUUGGACUUCUUCCCAAUUAGAGCAGCUAUACACUUUGGCACUGCGGGCGGCGCCGACAGUUCCCUGUCCGUGGGAAAUGUUGUCAUCCCAAUGCAGUUUUCUCAAACUGGAAUAUGGGACUGGCUGAAACCCAAGGUAGCAACACAUCCAGAUACUGAUGCUGCUGAGCUAGAGAUCGCAAGCUAUCACAUUCCCGCUGGCGGAUAUAAUCAGUUGGGUCUCGUGGCUUAUUGGAGUCAGUACUUCUUUUCCGAGACAGGAAAGCCUGAUACUCCUGAAAGAAAACUUUGGUUCGAGGCAUCCAAGAAUUUGCUGCAAAUCGCUUCCAUGCUAGAGGGAAUUGAGCUAAACCAGUGCCUAAACAAAGUUUGCCUCCCUCAAAAGCCUAAGCUAGUUCUUGGCGUCAACGGUACAACUGCCAACUUUUUUGUUGACAAUGCAGCUUACAGAGAUUUCCUCCACAAAACUUUUCAUGUUUCAUCCAUUGAUAUGGAGAGCACAGCAGUAAUCAUGACAUCCUUGUCGAAUGGCCACUCUGUGAUUGCCAUCCGCGGACUCUGUGAUCAGAACAAGGAGAGAAUUUGAGUGCAACUUAUGGGGCUAUAGCUGCAGCAAAUGUCGCGAUAACCGUUGUUGCAUUUGUUAAUAAAAUACCAUCACCUCGUUAAUUUCCGGCCAUAGCUGUGGCAGCUAUGUAUGUUCAGCUUGAUCAGGAGGAGCGCUGAAUCCAUCAAUGAAUAUGCUUCUAAUUAAUAAUUUGUCUAGAAAGAAUAAAUGAGCUUCAAGAAUAGAAGUCUGUUGAAGCAAGACGUUUUAUGUAAAAUGUACCACAAAAGUAUUGUGUGUUUCCUUGUUAAUUUGAAUGCAACGCAAUUCCUCCUA